AUGGCUGCAGAUCUGGAGGUCCUGGGUUUGAGUCCCGGAGAGGCGCUACCUAACGGCACACUAUGGUUGGGGUCUUUCUCAGCGGCUCAGUAUCGAAGUGACGUCCACGCGGCCGUGUACAGGUGUCGAGCCUCCGGAACUGUGGGCACGGUGCUUUCUAGAGAUAUGCGUCUAGAAGCUGUUAUGGACGUUCCCUGGGAAGUAAGAGUCCAACCAACGCAUGGGGUGUCAGGUGGCUCUGCACUGAUGACCUGUGCACCCUCGGCGCCUGUCCGCAGCCACAUCACUGUGACGAGAUGGUUUAAAGAUGGAGCAGUUCUAGCGCCUAUGGCAGCUGACGCUGGUGGCCGAUACAUGAUAGGUGGAAGCCGCGGCGAUAUUCUGGUGAUUCGAGAAGCUAGACCUGAUGAUGCCAGCUUAUAUUCCUGUGAAGCACAACACGCCCUCACUGGAGAGAAGAGAAGAAGUCCGUCGGCUAUGAUAGCUGUGUCACAUCCUUCCGGAAGUAUGGCGCCGAGAAUUUUGACAAUAUCAGAUGAUGAGACUGUACCGCAAGGAGGGGAUAUACGACUGGUUUGCUGUGCUAUUGGUAGUCCACCACCUACUUAUAGUUGGUUCCGCCACGCCAAUGGUCGCCUGAGCCCAGUAUCCAACAGCAUCAGGAUAUCUGUAUCAGAACAAGUGCUGAUCAUCAGGCGUGCUCAGAUAUCUGAUAGUGGAGUAUGGACGUGUCGGGCUCACAAUCAGUAUGGAGAGCAGCGGCGGGACGCCAGGCUUAGAGUUAGGUCAAGAUUAGUAGUCAGCGUGCAUCCUCAGCUACAGGUAGCAAAUUCAGGUAGCUCAGUGACAUUCAACUGCUCAGUGGAGGGUGGGGAGGCGCGCGUGCGGUGGCUGCACGACGGCGUGCCGGUGGGCGGGGGCGAGCGUGUGUUGCGCGUGCACGGCGUGGUGCGCGCCCACCGCGGCAUGUACCAGUGCUUUGCUGAGAGGGAAUUGGAUAGUGCACAGGCGGCUGGCGAACUGAGGCUUGGAGACACGGCCCCAGAGCUACACUACACAUUUAUCGAGCAAGCCUUACACCCGGGCCCGGCGCUCGCGCUCCACUGCUCCGCCUCAGGCUCGCCAUCGCCACGCUUCACAUGGCUACUCGAUAUGCAGCCGGUAGAGGAACACAACACUGCGCAAAGGAGUAUAUCCCAGUUUAUGAGUCCCAACGGCGACGUGGUGAGCUAUCUGAACAUAACGUCGGUGCGACCGGAGGACGGUGGGCGCUACACUUGCCGCGCGCACAAUACGAGGGGCGCUGUCGAGCACUCGACCAGGCUUAACGUUUACGGUCCGCCGUCCAUCCGCAACAUCGGGCCAGUCCGCGUGGUGGCGGGCGUCAACACUACCAUCUACUGUCCUUACUCCGGAUUUCCAAUCAGUGAUAUCCGAUGGCAACGCGGUGGAGUGGACGUCGGGUCUACGGGUCGCGCCCUCGCGGGCGGCGGCGGGGAGCUGCUGCUGUGGCCCGCGGAGCCCGCCGAUGCCGGCCUGUACUCCUGCAGAGUGACGGCCCCGUCCGGGCAGUACGCACAGAAGGACGUACAGAUAUUUGUUAGAAAUCCACCAAAAAUAGCAGGCUUCACAUUUCCGGCUGAUUUAGUGGAGGGCAGCUCCAUACAAAUACUCUGCGGCAUCACAUCUGGUGACAAGCCGGUGUAUUUCUCAUGGCUCAAAGACGGACUGCAUAUUCCUUCCAAUCUACAGGUACAAGAAAAAUCUUUAGACGAGUUCAGCUUCCUAAUCUUCUCUCAUGUGACGUCGAAACACAGCGGCGACUACACCUGCGUCGCCAGUAACAGCGCGGCCGAGGUCAACCAUACCGCACGACUGGCUGUUAAAGUUGCUCCAUCAUGGGUGUACGAGCCACAGGAUGUGUCAGCGUUGUUGGGCACUCAGAUUCUCGUUCAUUGCGCUACGAAAGGGUAUCCCGAGCCAAGAAUCUCGUGGUUAAAGGCGCAAGGUCCCAGUUCUACCGACUUUCGUCCAUUAAACCGACUAGAGGUGCCGGUGACAGUGCUCGGUAACGGCUCUCUGUCGGCGGCGACGGCGGCGCGCGCGCACGAGGGCCGCUACAUGUGUCGCGCCGACAACGGCGUGGGACGAGGACUGUCUAAGAUCAUCACUGUUUCUGUUAAUGAACCAGCACAUUUUGAGUUCUCGUCGCGCAAUACGUCAGUACGUCGCACGGCGAGCGCCGCGCUGGCGUGCUCCGCGCGCGGCGACCCGCCCAUACAGCUGCACUGGACACACAACACGCAGCGUCUCGACCUCUCCACGUACAGGAUAUCAGUAUCAGAGAAGCGAUCAGAGAGCGGUGCGAGCUCGACCCUGAGCAUUGCGCACGCGCAGCGCCGCGACUCCGGCGUGUACCGCUGUCGCGCUGAGAACGCCUAUGGACGAGACGAGCUCCUUAUAUACCUUGCUGUACAGGAAUUCCCCGAGGCACCACGAGGCUUAACCGUAGUUCGCAAAGAAGGUCGCGCAGCUCACAUAGCGUGGCGUCGUGGGUACGACGGCAACGCGCGGCUGCGCGCUUACCGCCUGCAGUACCGCGUGGUGGGGGACGCCCGACGAGCUGCGGACUGGACCGAUGCGCCCACUAGGGAUCUGUCGCCUGAUUUACUUAUACAAAGGCAAGAAUCACCGGGUGCAAGAGUAGAGAGUGAAACAGAAGAAGGCGAGAAGGAAGGAGAAGGCGACACGGUGCUGGAGUACCGCGUGGACGGCCUGCGCCCCGCCACCGCCUACGCCUUCCGCCUCGCCGCCGUUAACGAUAUAGGGGAUAGUGAUUACUCCGAAUCAGUUAUAGUGCAGACGUUGGAAGAACCCCCGUCUGAACCUCCUCGCAAUGUUGAAGUUGAAGCAGACGUGCCGGGGGAGUUGUUAGUAAAGUGGCAGCCACCAUCCCAAGAGUCGUGGAACGGCGAGCUGGUCGGCUACGCGGUGUGGUGGCGCAGCGACAACGCGUCGCUGGCGCUGACGGUGGCGGGCUGGGGCGCGGCGCGCGCGCGGCUGCCGGCGCCGCGCCCGCGCGCGCGCUACGAGCUGCGCCUGCGCGCCGUCAACGCCGCGGGCGCCGGGCCCGCCGCCGCGCCGCUCGCCGUCACUACGCUCGAAGAUGGCACCUAUAAACCAUUCCAAAAAAAUUUCAAGAGAAAUGAGGGUUGUUUGCUAAGUAUAAAACAUAAUGAUACUGCAGUACCGGAGGCGCCGCCGCAGCACGUGCGGUGCGAGGCGCUGUCAGCGCAGUCGUUGCGCGUGUGGUGGGAGCCGCCGCCGCCGGCCGCGCGCGGCGGCCUGCUGCUGGGAUACGAAAUUAUGUACCAAGAGGCAGACUACCCCGAGGCCGCGUGGGAGCGGCGGCGCGCGGGCGGCGCGGAGGCGCAGCUGGGCGGCCUGCGCGCCGGCAACUACUCCGUGGCGGUGGCGGCGCGCACGGCGGCCGGCGCCGGCCCGCCCGCCGCCGUCUACUGCGCCACGCUCGACGACGUUCCAGGUCCACCAGCCGAUAUUAAAGCAAUACCAAACUCUGAAGAGUCGGUUAUAGUCAGCUGGCUCGCUCCCAUACAGAAGAAUGGCAAAAUUAGGCACUAUACUGUUUACAACAGACCACAGAGAACAGGCCAACAUUCCCACGUAAUGGUGCCACAGACGGACGAAGAGCAAAUGUUAGAAGUGCGCGGUCUGCAAGAACAUCAGCUGUACGACUUCUGGGUGACGGCGGCGACGGCGGCCGGCGAGGGGGAGAUGAGCGCCAUUGUCGCUAGGAAACCGAGUUCUAGAGCCGCAGCAAAAAUCUGGUCGUUCCCGCGGCGCGUGUCGGCGGCGGCGGGCGCGCGCGCGGCGCUGGCGUGCGGCGCGGCCGGCAGCCCGGCGCCGCGCCGCGCGUGGGCGCGCCGCCUGCCGCCCGCGCCCGCCGCCGACGCGCGCCUGCGCCUCGAGGGACACCGGCUGCUCAUACCUAAGCUAGAAGCGAGCAUGUCCGACAACUACACGUGCACGGUGCGCAACCCGUGGGGCGAGGAGCGCGGCGUGUGGGAGCUGCGCGUGGCGGCGCCGCCCGCGCGCCCGCGCCUGCGCCUCGCCGCCGCCGCGCCCGCCGCGCUCACGCUGGCCUGGGACGCCAGCGACGCUCAUAGCUUCACGCUAGAGUACGCGCAGGGCGCGGCGGCCCCGCAGCGGGCGCGCGCGGGCGGCGCGGCGCGCGCGCUGGCGCUGCGGCGGCUGCAGUGCGGCGCCAGCUACCGCCUGCGCCUCGUCGCGCACGGCGCCGCCGGCGCCUCCGAGCCCAGUGACCUGCUCACUGCAUCUACUAGUGGUGGAUUAUCAAAACCAGCGGCGGAAAAACAUCUUAUAUCAAGCAACAGUACCUGCGUUCGCCUGAACUUUCUCACGUGGGACAGCAAUGGCUGUCCUCUCAUACAUUUCGUGGUCUCGAUCAAGAGUUUUGAGGAGACCGCGUGGAGAUCGGAAACAGUGUCAUUGGACGUUCAUCCAACGACCAUGUGCGAUCUGACUCCGGCGACGUGGUACCAUCUGAAAGUGGUAGCGUUGAGUACUGCUGGUAGUACCACUGCUACUUACUAUUUCUCUACAUUGACUGAAGAUGGAGAGCGUAUCCCAGCGCCCGCGAAGUUCCCGGCGGGGGGCGACGAGGCGAGCUCGGCGGGCGGCGGCGCGGCGCUGCUCGCCGCGGCCGCCGCCUUGCUCCUGGCGCUGCUCUUACUCGCCGGGCUAGCUUACAGGAGGAGCACAACGACAUCGUGCUUCAGAAAAGGCUACGAGCAGAGCGGAGUUUCAGAAGAGGACAAAUCGAUAGAAAAACGUGAUAAUAGAAGAAAUUGCCAGCAAGUGUACACUUCCUCACCAAUAAAACAUCCAAACAAAAAAGAACAACAGGAAAUGUACGAGAUCAGUCCCUAUGCAACGUUCAGUAUGUCGGGCGGGUCGACGGGCGCGGGCGCGGGCGCGGGCGCGGGCGCGGGCGCGGGGGGCGAGGCGGGCGGGAACACGCUGCGCACGUUCGGGCGCGCCGAGCCCGCGCCGCUGGCCGCCGCGCCGCCGCGGGCUCACUCGCACCGGUCACCCGCGCAUACAGACGAGUACACACUAUCGCGAGCGAUGACGCUGAUGGUGCGCCGCGCGGAGUCGGACUCGGACUCGAGCGGCUCGCCGUGCGCGGAGUGCAGCUCUGCCGCCUACAGAAUGCCGCUCGCUUCUGCUAAGGCUGAAGAGGUGUUCCGAGCAGUGACGGACUCGAGCGCGGAGUCGUGCGGCGGCGCGGCGCGCGACAAGGCGCGGCGCCGGCCGCGGCGCCACCACGCGCCCGGCGCCGCCAGGUACUCCCGCCCGCGGCCACCACCGCCUAUCUCAAUAAGACUAGCUAAAUGCGCAGGAGAUAUUACCUAUAAUGAAAACAAAUCA